AUGCAGGCCGCCAACCCAAAUUUUUAUCAUGCACAACGCCUAGAUUCACAUGGAAGGCUGAAAGAUGUUAUUUGGGUUGAUGCGCAGAGCCGUGCAGCCUAUGAAGAAUUUGGGGAUGUCGUUUGCUUUGACGCCACAUAUUUGACAAAUGAGUAUGAACUACCAUUUGUUAAUUUUGUUGGGGUUAACCACCACGGCCAAUCUAUUUUGCUGGAGUGUGCUUUGGUUCCUCGUGAGGAUUGUGAUACAUUCAAAUGGAUAUUGCAGGAAUGGUUGUCGUUUAUGAAUAACCGGGCUCCAAAGGCAACUCUUACUGACCAAGCUGCCGCAAUGCGGAAGCCUAUUGAGGAGGUCAUGCCUCUUACGCGACAUCACUUGUGCAUUUGGCACAUAAUGAGGAAGAUUCCUGAAAAACUAGGUAAAUGUGAAAGGUACAAAGAUUUCAAGGGAUUAUUGAAGGUUGUGGUGUAUGAGAGUUUAACCGUUGAAGAGUUUGAGAAUCGGUGGAAUGGACUUAUUUCUGACUUUAAACUGGAGUGUAAUGAUUGGUUGACUAGCCUAUAUAAGGAGCGGCAUAUGUGGGUUCCAGCAUAUAUGAGAUAUCACUUUUGGGCUGGUAUGAAAACCACACAACGGGUUGAGAGCAUAAAUAGCUUUUUUGAUGGCUUUGUGAAUCGACAUACAAAGUUGUUUGAAUUUCCACAAAAGUAUGCUAAGGCCCUGGAGAAAUGCGUGCGUGAUGAGACAGCCGCGGAUGCCAAUUGUGUGAAAUAUGUUAGGAGGCUAGUUACUGGUUUUGCGGUUGAGAGGGUGUUUCAAAAGUUGUAUACCGACACCAAGUUCCAAGAGGUACAAGCAGAAUGCUCACGAAUGAUGUAUUGCUACUGCAAGGAGGAGAAGAUGUUGAAUGAAAAUACAAUUCAAUAUGUCGUUGAAGAUCGAGUGUGGGUUGUACCAGAGGGGCAGAGUGAGGAAGUAAAUACAAAUCGAAGACGGUAUUACUCCGCCACUUUUAACAAGCAAACGAAGGAGGUGUUAUGUGAAUGCCGGAAAUUCACAACGCAUGGUAUUAUGUGUAAGCAUAUGAUGAGGAUACUGGAUCAGAAUCUCGUUUUAGAAAUACCUGACCAGUAUAUUGUUAGUCGUUGGCGAAAGGAUAUCCUAAGAAAACACACUCGAGUUCGUGUAUCGUACCAUGAUCCUAGUGACAAAGUGGAGGUACAAAGAAGUGCAGCAGUGCAAGCGUCACAAAUCAGAGGAAAGCGUUGA